GGUGGCUGAAGGAACAUCUCUUCUUGGAGAGCUGAACCAAGUCCUCAUGCUGCUGUGGUCACUGUUGGUCAUCUUUGCUCCUCUCAGUGAAGAGGCAGGUGAGUCAUCUACGUCCUUGUUGUUCCGGGGUCUGGUGUCUCCAUCGCCUGGCUCCCAUGAGGUCCUUCAGAGAGGGACAAGUACAGGCUGUGGAGAUGUCCCAGUGUCGCAGCUCCCCUGGCCCAACCCGCUUCAAGACGGGCCCCCUUGGCUGGGUGAUGACAGCCUGCCUGGCCCACCCAGAUUGGCUGACCCUCAAGGCUCCCUCCGUUGUCUUUGAAGGAGACAGCAUAGAUCUGAUGUGCCAGAAGAAAAAGGUGUGGUGGAAUAAUAUCCAGACCGUGGUGUAUUUCAAGGAUGGAAAACAGUUACAGUUUCCAGACAAAGUCUCUAGCGUUUCUAUCCCAUGUGCCUCUCUGAGUGACAGCGGCCAGUAUUCCUGUUCUGCUACCAUCAAAACAGUCUUUCAUACCAAGUCAGAAUCUUCAAGAAGCGUCGGGAUUGAAGUAUUAGAGCUGUUUCCACGCCCUGUGCUCACUGUCAGCUCCUACUGGCCCACCGAGGGGAGCCCCGUGACCCUGACCUGUGAGACCCGGCCUUCUCCACAGAGGUCAAACGUUCAGCUCCGAUUUUGCUUCUUCAGACACAGCAAAGCCCUGGGGUCCGGCUGGAGCAGCUCCCCAGAGCUCCGGGUCCCCGCCAUGUGGACGGAGGACUCAGGGUCCUACUGGUGCCAGGCAGAGACAACAACUCUCAGGGUCCGAAAACAGAGCCUCCAAUCCCAGAUUCACGUGCAGAGAGUGCCCGUCUCUAAUGUAAGCUUAGAGAUCUGGGCCCCCAGGGGCCCGGUAAUCAAAGGAGGGAACCUGGUCCUCCUCUGCUCUGUGGCCAAAGGCACAGGAAACAUCACAUUCUCCUGGCACAGAGAGGCCACAAGAACCAGUGUGGGAAGGAAGACCCAGCGUUCCCUGUCAGCGGAGCUGGAGGUCCCAGCUGUGCAGGAGGGCGAUGCCGGCCGCUAUUACUGCAGAGCUGACAACGGCCAUGACCCCAUCCAGAGCCAGCUGCUGAGCGUCCGUGUGAGAAGUCCAGUGUCCCACCCCGUCCUCACCCUCAGGGAGCUGGGACCCCAGGCCAUGGUGGGGGACGUGGUGGAGCUUCACUGUGAGGUCCAGAGAGGCUCUCCCCCAAUCCUGUACCAGUUUUACCAUGAGAAUGUCACCCUGGGGAACAUUUCGGCCCCCUCUGGAGGAGGAGUGUCCUUCAACCUCUCUCUGACCGCAGAACAUUCUGGAAACUACUCCUGUGAGGCCGACAAUGGCCUGGGGGCCCAUCGCAGUGAGGUGGUACCACUCAACGUCACAGGGACCGGUGGCUGCAGAAGAGACCAUGUCACAGCCGGGGUUCUCGGGACGCUAUGUGGUGGCCUCGGUUUUAUAGCUGCUGCUCUGCUCUGUUAUUAUUGGUCCCACAAGAUAGCAGGAGGACGCUCUGCCCUGCAUGCACCCAGAGAUGCUUCCAGUGCAAACCCUCAAGAGUCCACCCAUGCCAGCUCACUCCCAGAUAUAGAGGAGCUGCAGCCAGACUAUGUCAAUGUGGGCCCUAUAGAUGUGGAUAUGGUUUAUUCCCAGGUCUGGAGCAUCCAGCCACCAGAAGACUCAGCAAACACCAGAAGGAUGAUUCUGGAGAACAAGGACUCCCAUGUCAUCUACUCUGAUGUGAAGAAGACAUAACACUUGGAGAAACUGGGGGGCAGAACCCCAACAAAGAUGGAACAGCACUAAGGGCUACAAAAAAACUUCAUAAAAAUGCCAAACUUCAUGACAUCUCACAGACAGAAUGUGCUGCAAGUGCUGAGAAGGCCAGCUGGGUCAUCGUUUCGGUUCUCAUCAUGUUCUCUCCCAAUGUCUUCUUCCAUUUAGUCAAUAUUUACAGAACGGCUACUGAGUCCCAGAAGCUGUGUGGGAUGAUUAUCUUUGUUACCUUCUCUCUUUUUUAAAUUUUUAAUUUAAAUUCAAUUUAGUUAACAUAUAGAGUCUUAUUAAUUUCAGAGUUAUAGUGAUUCAUCAGCUGCCUAUAACACCCAGUGCUCAU